CCUGCCACUUCAAGACAUGGAGUCAUCUUUUCCAUUUGGAGUGACCCUUGCUGUCCUGGCCUCCCUCAUUAUUGCUGCCAAUGCACUAGUGGCUGUGGCUGUGCUGUUGCUGAUCCACAAGAAUGAUGGUGUUGGUCUCUGCUUCACCUUGAAUCUGGCUGUAGCCGACACCUUGCUUGGUGUGGCCAUCUCUGGCCUAGUCACAGACCAGCUCUCCAGCCCACCUCGGCCCACACAGAAGACCCUAUGCAGCCUUCGGAUGGCAUUUGUUACUUCUUCCGCAGCUGCCUCUGUCCUCACAGUCAUGCUGAUUGCCUUUGACAGGUACCUUGCCAUCAAGCAGCCCCUCCGCUACUUCCAGAUAAUGAACGGGCUCAUGGCUGGGUCCUGCAUUGCCGGGCUGUGGUUGGUGUCUUACCUUAUUGGCUUCCUCCCACUUGGAGUCCCCAUAUUUCAGCAGACUACCUACCAGGGUCCCUGCAGCUUCUUCGCUGUGUUUCACCCACGCUUUGUGCUGACCCUCUCCUGCGUUGGCUUCUUCCCAGCCCUGCUCCUCUUUGUCUUCUUCUACUGUGAUAUGCUCAAGAUUGCCUCCAUGCACAGCCAGCAGAUCCGAAAGAUGGAACAAGCAGGAGCCAUGGCCGGAGCAUACCGGCCUCCUCGGACUCCCAGCGACUUCAAGGCUGUCCGCACUGUGGCUGUUCUCAUUGGGAGCUUCACUCUGUCCUGGACCCCAUUCCUUAUCACUGGCAUUGUGCAGGUGGCCUGCCAGAAGUGCUACCUCUACCUGGUGCUGGAACGGUACCUGUGGCUGCUCGGUGUGGGCAACUCCCUGCUCAACCCACUCAUCUAUGCCUACUGGCAGAAGGAGGUGCGGCAGCAGCUCUACCAGAUGGCCCUGGGAGUGAAGAAAGGGCUCACCUCAUUCCUUCUUCUUCUCUCAGCCAGGGAUGGUGGCCCAGAGGGGCCCAGGGAAAGUUCCUGUCCUAUCACCACUAUCUCCCACUCACAGCUUCAUGGCGAAGAUGGUAAGGGCAGAGAAGUUUCAAAGUGACUUCUCCCUCUCCUCUCUGGGCCCCAACUAGGAAAUCAAAGCUAGGGGAAUGAAAGUGCUUGCUUCAGACAGUUGACUGCCCCACCCCAGACUGAGAGGAACUGAGGUAGGGUGCUGACUUUCUUCUAUAACCAAUUUCCUCAUUUGCAAAUCUCCAUUCCUCCCUAUGCUUCUUUUGCAAUUAAUCUGUCUCUCCUGUACAGGUAGGUAGAAAGAAAUGUACUACUGAAAUAAUGCUAAAAAAUCAAAUCCUAUUCUUGAAUACACUGCAGCAGCAGUAUCCAACAUAAAUAUAAUGCAGGUCACAUAUAAUUUUAAAUGUUCUAGUAACCACAUUUAAAAGGUUUAAAAAAGGCAAUGUUAAUGUUUCCUUUAACCCAGUAUAUCUAAAACAUACUUUCAAUAUGUAAUCAAUAUAAAAAUUACUGCACUGUUUUUUUCAUGCUAAAUCUUUGCAUCUGGUGUGUGUUUUACCUUUCAGAACCUCUAAAUCCAAACUAGCCAUAUUUCAAAUGCUCAACAGCCACAUAUGGCUAGUAGCUACCAUAUUGGACAGCACAGCACUAGAGACAUGAGGUUGUUCCCCUCAACUCUUUACUAUAGUGAUGGCUUUGGUAAAGUGAGGAGUCCUGCCCUCCCUGAUGUAAAUCAGACAUUUUAAGUAGUGAGUUUGCCUGAAAUGUAGGAACCUGAAUUAGAUUCUACAGCUUGUCUUCUCUCGCACUUCAUGGAGUUCAAAACACUGUUUCUUUGGAAAUAGCCAAUCUUGUGGUUAUUUCUGCUACGACCCCUCCCAUUCUACCACUAACUCUGUGGUGCCCCUUCCCCUCAGUUGGCUUAUGGUCACUUGUAGCUACUUGAUGAGAAUGCUGAACCACAAAUUCUGAGACCCUAGAAGUGAAGGAGGUGGAAAAAGAGUUAGGUACCAAGAAAGGCACUGCCAAGCUCUUAAACACUCUUAAAUCUGCAUUUUCCUAAGAAACUCAGUCACAUAAGGGGAUACCUCCAACAUGUCCCAGGAGACCAGCUGAGGAACAGGUGUCUCAUCUUGCUUUCUGUGGGUACAAAAAAAAUGGCUGUUGGCAGCCAGGAAUUAUGGCCAGCCUCCCUCUGGGCAACGCUGGCAGCAGAAAUUCGAGAACAGACUGGGAAAGAAACCCAGGAAUUAUGCUCAGUCUUCCUGAGCUUUCUUGUAACCGUUUCCUCAAUCUCCUGGUCUCCACAGCGGAUUCUUAGAAAUUUGUCUCUUGAGGUCCUAAACUAGAUUAACUCCCUAGAAAGCUGCUGAGUGGACAACCAAAGAAGGCAAGAAGAAACCAAUACAGUAUGGAUUAAAUUUUAAUUUGGUGCCAAAACAACCAUGGAAGGUUAACCCUUUGAUAUCUCUAAAAUGAUGGCCUGAGGAUGCAUUUGAGUCCAAUGUGUAAAGGCUAAUUCCAAGAGGCCCAUGAACUUUUUCAUUCACAUCUGAAACUAAAAUGUUCCAAACCAGGAUGGAAUCCGGCUGUCCUCCUCUCCACAGGAUGGCGCCACACCAUGAUGUUUUGCACUUGGGUUUUAAUUUCCCUUCAGUCUUAGACUACCUCCCAGCUUGUAUUCCUCAGUUGUUUGGAGGUGAAUGUUCAUCCCUUUCCACUUCUAUACACUUGAAAAUUCCCUUCUUCCUAUUUUCACCCUCUACCUUCAGCACAAAUGGCCUGUUUCUCGCUGAUCUAUUCUAAUACACACCAACCCUCCUUUGCUAGACUAUUUUGUGCAGUUGCUGUUUACCACAGUGGCCCAGAGGAGGACCAUGCUUGCCUUCACCAGAGCAGGCUUUAUGUUCCUACAACUGAAGAACUUUUUGGCUCUCAAGUGAAUGAUGGAACCCCAAGUGCCUUGAAGUGCUGAGCACGCAGCAAGUACCACUUAUGCCAGCAAUAGGCACCCUCUUGGAUUGGGUUAUGAGUUACUGGGAGCUACGUAAAACACAAACAGUGACGGGGUUUGGGGACAAAAUGGGAAGCAGGCUCAAAUCAAUGCCCUCCUUACUGGUGGUCCAAAGCUUAACUUCCUGGCCUUGCUGCAAAGGACUGAUCUUGCCAAGGUAACACAAGCAAAGUGGAAUGAAAAUUAUAGGAAAACGGAACUGAGGAGAAGCUAAGUGAAUGCUGUGGUGUUAGGCUCAGUCUAAAAAAACUCUGCUAUCCCUGGGAGGCAGUAUAUUCAGUGGAAAUCACAAACUUUGAAGUCCAAUAGACCAGUGUCCAAAUUACCAUUCAGCUGUUUAACUGUCAAAGCUACAGCUUCCUCAUUUGUAAAACUGGGGUAAUAAUGCCUACUUUAUAUUGUUAUCAAAAGGAUUAGCUCAAAUAAUGUAUAGGAAAAUGUCUAGUAAAUGACAGCACAUGGUUAGUGCUCAAAUAAUGUUCUCUUCCUCAUACUUAAAAAUCCUAAAGAAUAAAAUAUCCAGCUGGCCAAUUUAAAGGAGUCUGUCAUAUCUGUAGAUAUAAUGGCCUCCAGGACAAAGACAGUUAGGCUCCAAACUGUGAAUUCCUCAACCCAUGAAUGUUUCUGAAAACAAGUGGUGAGAGACAACUCAGGUUGAAAGAGACAAACAGUAAAUCUCAGGAUCAAGGGACAGCAAAUACAAACAAGGCCCUAUUAUCAUACAUUUGGGUUUAAGAGUAACCGCAAUUAAGAACACUGUGUUUAAUAAGCCACCAAGAGCAGAGAUACAGAAUAAUAUGCAAAAAGUCUAAUGGCUUUCUUUGACACAGGCUCUGGCACAGAUACGGGCAUGCACUGAAGAGGAAACAUUUAGAUUUCAUUCAUACAUCCAAUGGUGUCUCCUGAUGGCCUUGCAGAGAAGCCAGAUCCUGUUCAGCAAUUUGAUCAAAAUAGCCAAAAGAAAUUAACACCGUGUAGGACAGAAUGUAGAUCAAUCGGUCCCAUUUAUAAUUUCCAUAAAGAGCUUGUGAAUUUGUUAUAAAAACUGUGACAUGACUAAGUGUUCUACUAAUUCUUUGGGUACCUAACAUUAUUCAUAGCACAAAUGUUUCAGAGAGGACUACUCACAAGAACAUAAGAACACACAGCCCUCUGUAUAGGGGAAUUGUGAGUGGUGUCACAAGUGUUAGAGGCAGGUUGCCCUUAUCUACCAAACUCUCCUGCUUGUCUAAUAAGUCCAAGUCUGAGAGUUGGCCAGCCAGAGUUAGCCUUAGUAUAUCUUCUCCUCAUAUGGAAAAGUAUUUAGUGGUUCAAAUGGAAAAUGAACUUGUGACUUUGAUGUCAUUCAUACUUGCUCAGUCAUUGGUCAAACUGAAUAGAGGCCAAUGAAAACAGCAGGCACAAGAGAUACUUCAAGGACACACAUAGAACAAGAGGAAACAUGGUGUUGAUAGCGGGCAACAAGAGCAGCAAUGGACCCAAGGCCAGACUACAACUCCUUGGCUGUCAUCAGCCACUCAUUUAUUUUGUGACUCCUUCAGUAACUCCCAUGCCAUCCUUCAAACUGCUGACUGGUCUGGAAUCUUCUCCUUUUAAUUAACAAACCUUCAUUUUUUAUUUCAGCAGUCAUAUAAACUCAGUAAUGGUACUUACAAGUGUCAACUGUCCUUCAUUCAUUCAUUUGUCCAUCUAUCUACCUACUCCACAAACAUUUUUUGAGAGCUAGGUGCUGAAAUUGCCCCAGGUUUGCUGGGAUUUCUUUCAGAGAUCUAUAAUGAUG